AUAUGACGUCACACCUGCUAGGGUUUUAACAAGGGUUUCACUUGCACCUCCAAAUUUCAAUUCACAAUUCCCAGCUCUCGAUUUGUCUGAAAGUUGCUACCCGGAAAACGAUUUGCUACUGUACUUGAUCUCUAAUUCCGCCAUGAAAAGAGCUUCAUUGAGACUUCUGCACUUUCAAUUCCAAAAAUUUUACCCCAAAUCUUCAAUUUCUGUUUUCUCUCAAGAUUUCUCAUGUCAGUUUUCAUCCCUUUCCUCCAUUGAUGAACACAAUAACAACCACCCUUCUAAUCCCGAUUCAAGGUCCUGCUCUAGAACACAUUAUUUGCUCUUUUCAAGCAAACCACGCCAUUCCCUUAAUAACCCAUCUCAUAAUCUCAGCACCCUGGUGGACCCACGUCAACCCUCAUCUCAAUUAUCUUCACGACAAAGGAAACUCAAAGAAAGAUCACAACUUGUUGAUGAUUUCGAGGCUGCGAAAACAUCCGAUGAAAUGAUCAAAGCAUUUCAAGAAAUGGAAGCCAUUCUCGAUGAAAAGGAACUUGGUUUAGCUUGCUUGAAAAUCGGGCUUAAACUCGACGAAGAAGGUCAGUAUCCGGAAAAGGUUAUAGAUUAUGCAAAUAAAGCUCUGAAAAUCUUGGAUGAAAAUGGUCACGAUAGUGAUUUAUCUUUACCCCUUGCUAUGAAUUUACAGUUAUUGGGUUCUGCUUCUUAUACCUUGAGUAGGUUCAGUGAAAGCUUAGGAUAUCUCAAUAGAGCCAAUAGGAUCUUAAAAAAACUAGAGGAAACAAUCGAUAAUGAUGGUUUUGAAAUCAAACAUGUACUGCAUGCUGUUCAUCUUAAUUUAGCAAACACAAAGAAUGCAAUGGGUAGAAGAGAAGACGCCAUUAGUGAUCUAAAAAUAUGUUUAGAGAUUAAAGAGAUGACAUUGGAUAAAGACAGUAGAGAACUCGGGAACGCAUAUAGGGACAUGUCAGAAGCAUAUGUCGCCCUUUUAAACUUCAAAGAAGCAUUACCAUAUUGCAUAAAAGCCACAGAGAUACACAAGGUAGAAUUAGGAACCAAUUCAGUUGAAGUUGCACAUGAUAGACGUUUACUAGGUGUAAUUUACACUGGUUUAGAACAGCACGAAAAGGCAUUAGAGCAAAAUCAAUUAUCACAAAAAGUUUUAAAGAAUUGGGGUCUCACAUCCGAAUUGCUUAGAGCUGAAAUCGAUGCAGCCAAUAUGCAAAUUGCAUUAGGAAAGUUUGAUGGGGCAAUUAAUACUUUAAAGGGUGUGGUUCUUCAAACUGAUAAAGAAAGUGAAGAUCGUGCUAUGAUCUUUGUAUCCAUGGCAAAAGCUUUAUGUAAUCAAGAUAAGUUUUCAGAAGCCAAACGAUGUUUACAGAUGGCAUGUGGGAUUUUGGAAAAAAAGGAAAGAUUGUCACCUCUAGAAGUAUCAGAAGCAUAUAUGGAAAUAUCAAUGCAGUAUGAAACAAUGAACGAAUUUGAAACUGCAAUUUCUUUGUUGAAAAAAGCACAAAUGAUGCUUGAAAAGAUACCACAAGAACAACAUUCGGUUGGUAGUGCUUCUGCUAGAAUCGGGUGGUUACUUUUGUUAACAGGAAAGGUUCAAGAAUCAAUACCUUAUUUGGAAGAUGCAGUUGAAAGAUUGAAGGAGAAUUUUGGUUCUAGACAUUUUGGAGUUGGAUAUGUGUAUAAUAACUUAGGUGCUGCAUAUUUAGAACUAGAUAGACCUCAAUCUGCAGCUCAAGUUUUUGCAUUGGCAAAGGAUAUUAUGGACAUUUCACUUGGUCCUCAUCAUGUGGAUUCAAUCGAGGCGUGUCAAAAUCUUUCAAAAGCAUAUAGUGCAAUGCGAAGUUAUACGCUUGCAAUAAACUUCCAGGAGAAGGCCAUUGAUGCAUGGAGAGGACAUGGGCCAAGUGCUUGUGAUGAACUUAAAGAAGCUGAACGUGUUCUUCAGGAAUUAAAGGUGAAAGCUUGUGGUGAAUUUGAGGAACAAAAGGCUUUGCCAGCACAUCCUGUGAGGAGAAGAAGCUCACGAAGUGGUGUUUUGGUUGAUUAGAGGUAUUGAAUGUAGAUUUGAUUAUUGGAUGAAGUUUUUUGAAGAAGCUAUACUGCUUAUUAUCGACUUUCAUUUAUAUAAGCUUUUAGCAGGAAGCUUUUAUUGUGCUCCAAUGCUUUUUGCUUUAUGGGCAACAGUAAAGGUAAUUUGAUCUAUAAAUUUUGACUGAAAAGCGGAA